AUGGCUGCAACCCUCCGCUUUGCGCACACGGCGAAGCGCCUAUGCCUCCGACCCUCCUUCCAGCAUGCCCUCCGCCAGACUCCUAUCCUCUCAAGGGCGGCUUCGUCGACACCCCGAAGAUAUGCAGAGGUCACCAGCGACUCACCCUUGACGAUGAAGAUAUCAGAGAUGGACCAGUCAUUCACCAAAGCGCUUGUCGACGAGGAUCCGCAGAAGGUGAACAAAGCACCAGACACCAAUCUGGGCGACGAGUACGAGUCACGUAAAGUCAGACAUUAUACCGUCAAUUUUGGUCCUCAGCAUCCAGCAGCACACGGUGUGUUACGGUUGAUUCUGGAGCUCAACGGUGAAGAGAUCGUGCGAGCCGAUCCACACGUCGGCCUGCUGCAUCGCGGCACAGAGAAGUUGAUCGAGUAUAAAACAUAUCUGCAGGCUCUGCCGUACUUUGACCGCUUCGACUAUGUCUCAAUGAUGACCAACGAGCAAUGCUUCUCGCUGGCCGUAGAGAAGCUACUCAACAUCGAAAUCCCAGAGCGAGCGAAAUGGAUUCGGACGCUGUUUGCAGAACUGACAAGAGUUCUGAAUCACUGCAUGGCCAUCCUUACCCAUGCUAUGGAUGUUGGUGCUCUGACGCCGUUUCUGUGGGGAUUUGAGGAGAGAGAAAAGCUCAUGGAAUUCUACGAACGUGUUUCAGGAGCUCGCCUACACGCUGCAUACAUCCGACCAGGCGGCGUUAGCCAGGACAUCCCUCUGGGUCUGUUGGACGACAUCUACGCCUGGGCUACACAGUUCGGCGACCGGAUAGACGAGACUGAGGAGCUUUUGACCGACAACCGUGUCUGGAUUGGACGAACAAAAGGUAUUGGUGUUGUGUCUGCGGCGGAUGCUCUCAACAUGUCCUUCUCUGGUGUCAUGCUGCGUGGGUCCGGUGUUCCGUGGGACAUCCGGAAAAGUCAGCCGUACGAUGCGUACGAUAAGGUCGAAUUUGACGUACCAGUCGGCGUGAACGGCGACUGCUACGAUCGCUAUCUUUGCCGCAUGGAGGAGUUCCGACAGUCGCUGAGGAUCAUUCAUCAGUGUCUUAACAAGAUGCCUGCGGGCCCUGUCAAGGUCGAAGACUACAAGAUCGCACCACCGCCUCGAGCGGCCAUGAAGGAGAACAUGGAAGCUUUGAUUCACCAUUUCUUGCUCUAUACUAAGGGCUACACAGUCCCACCAGGGGAUACAUACAGUGCGAUUGAGGCGCCAAAGGGUGAGAUGGGUGUAUACGUUGUCAGCGACGGAAGUGAGCGACCGUACCGAUGCAAGGUCCGCGCUCCUGGAUUUGCUCAUUUGUCUGGCAUGGAUCAGAUUAGUCGAGGUCAUUUGCUGGCGGAUGCGGUUGCCAUUAUCGGAACAAUGGAUCUAGUCGCCGGCAUGAUGAACAGGCUGCAUGGCCAGCCCGACAGCUACGAUAAGAAGUCUGCCUACCGCUUCGGACGCACGCUCGGUGCCGGCACAUAUGGCAUUGUCCGCGAGGCAGACGUCGACGGAAAGAAGGUCGCAGUCAAGAUCAUACUCAAGAAGAACGUCAAAGGCAAUGAGCAGAUGGUCUACGACGAACUGAAGAUGCUCCAAAGUGUGUCACAUCCGCACAUUGUACACUUCCAUGACUGGUUCGAGUCAAGAGACAAAUACUAUAUAGUUACCCAGCUGGCCACAGGAGGAGAACUCUUCGAUCGGAUCUGCGACCAGGGCAAGUUCACGGAGAAGGACGCAUCCCAGACCAUCAAGCAGGUCUUUGAGGCGGUAGAUUAUCUGCACGACAAGAAUAUCGUCCACCGCGGUUGGUAUUCCUGUAUUCAUCCAUACGACGUGCGUCUGGCUGACGUCUACAGAUCUGAAACCCGAGAACCUCCUUUAUCUUACCAGAGACCCUUCCUCACAACUCGUGUUAGCCGACUUUGGCAUCGCAAGAUGCUUGAGAAGCCAGGCGACGUCCUCACUAGUAUGGCGGGCUCGUUCGGCUACGCAGCGCCUGAGGUGAUGCUGAAGCAAGGCCACGGCAAGGCUGUCGAUAUGUGGUCUUUGGGAGUAAUUACCUACACCCUACUUUGCGGCUAUAGCCCUUUCAGAUCGGAAAAUCUGACCGACCUUGUCGAAGAGUGCAGAAGUGGUAGAAUCGUCUUCCACGAGCGAUAUUGGAAAGAUGUCAGCAAAGAUGCCAAGGAAUUCAUCAUGUGCUUGCUUCAGCCAGACCCGAAGAAGCGAUACGACAGCAAACAGGCCUUAUCACACAUAUGGCUGACCGGCCAGACGGCGUCGGAGCACGAUCUGCUACCUGAAAUCCGGUCCUAUGUUGCAAAGGCGAAGCUGAAGAGAGGUAUCGAGCUGGUCAAAUUGGCCAACCGUAUCGAACAGCUCAAGGUGCAAGAAGAAGCCACGGACGGCGACACAGCCGAUUUCCCGGCAGGCGCUACUGAUUCUGCUGCGCUUGCAGUCAAGAAACAUCAGGAUCGAGGUGUGUCUCCUGGAAGGGGACUGGAUACCGAGCACGCAGGUGAAAGCAAACUCAGCAAAGCGGCCAAGUCACAGAUCUUCCGCGAGGUUGUGCUUGCGAAAGUGAGGGAGAUGAAGUCAGAUCAAGAGACAUCUCGAUUGAUUGCAAAUGCUACCGAGGAGCAUGAGCGUAGGAAAAGCUUCAAUGCUGGGCAGCCCAAAGCAUCUUGA